GAUCAGCUUAGUAUAUUAUGAAAUAUAUACAGCAGGUGUUGUAUUUAUAUUUACGCAUCAAAAAAUCUAUAAAAGCUGUCAAAAACUUACCUUUAUAUUUUCAAUAUUCAAUUCUUCAAAGGGCAAAAAAGAAUUCAAGAAAAUGAACUAUCUUUUUGUUGUUUUGGCUUUAUCUGCUGCCGUUACCUUUGCAAAUGCUGAAUGCAACAAAAUACAAUGUCGCAUGUUUUGCAAAUUUGGAUUUCAACAGGAUGAAAAUGGUUGCGACAUCUGCAAGUGCGCUGAAAGACCUGAAAAAAAAUGCAGCAAUAGAUAUUGCAAAAUGCUUUGUCCUGAAGGUUUUCAAGUAGAUGCUAACGGUUGCCAGAUAUGCCGCUGCAAAAGAUCUGCUCUAGAGGCACCAGAAAAAAAGUGCGAUGGUUUAAAACAGUGUAAAAUGCACUGCGAAAAUGGAUUUGUCAGAGAUGAAAACGGUUGCCCAAAAUGCGAAUGCAGUAAAUGCAAACAAUUCCAAUGUUUGAUAUUUUGUCCCCACGGAAAUGAAGUCGACGAAAACGGUUGCAAAACAUGCAAGUGCAAAGCUGCUCCAGAAAAAAAAAAAUGCGACGACUUAAAACAAUGUAGAAUGUUCUGCGAAAACGGAUUCGUCAGAGAUGAAAAUGGUUGCAAGAAAUGCGAGUGCAACAAAUGCAAAAAUUUCAUUUGUCAAAUUUUUUGCGAAUACGGAAACGUUGUUGAUGAAAAUGGCUGUAAAACAUGCAAGUGUAAUAGCAAGCCUUAAAGUUAUCUUUGCAUUGUAGAUGAUUUUUAAAUUUGAUAUUUAAAGAUGUUUAUCUGUAUUUUGUAUUAGUCAUGAGUAACUUUUUAAAUCUUUUA